AUGUAUUUUGCAAACAGAGAAAUUGUAAAACGUGAUCAAAUACUAGACGUGUAUGACUUUAUUGUGGUGGGCUCGGGCUCGGCCGGGUCGGUGGUGGCCGCACGACUCAGCUCUAUGCCUAAUGUUAAGGUACUGUGUCUGGAGGCCGGCGGGUCCGCCAGUCUAGUCAACGAUAUGCCAGCGAUGGGCAAUCUGGUGGUCAACUCCCCCUUUAACUGGAACUAUACUAAUGCCCCGCAGCCCGGGGUAGGCGUAGGCUGGAAGAACCGGGUCAUUCCAGAGCACCGUGGCAAGGGCGUUGGUGGCACGUCGCAGAUCAACUCCAUGGUAUACAAUCGUGGUAAUCGACUUGACUACGAUCACUGGGCCCGAGAGUAUGGGGCCGUUGGCUGGGACUACGCCUCUGUAUUACCCUAUUUUAAGCUCUGGGAAAACAACACCGACAGAGAUAUAGUGACGGCUAAUCCGGGAUAUCACGGCACUCAGGGUCCGGUGCAGGUCAGCACCUGGACUGAACCUGAUCCUAUUAUCAAGAUAUACCACAAAACUAUACAGAGCAUGGGCCACCGGGUCACCGAUAUUAAUGGGCCGGUACAGGUGGGCACUGCCAUUGUCCAGGCGUUUAUCACCGGCAGUGGCCGCCGGUCUAGUGUUUCAAACGCUUAUAUCGACCCCAAUAGGCACCCGAAUAAUCUCGUUGUGUUGGCCGACGCGCUGGUCGUGCGGGUGCUGUUCACCGGUCGCACGGCUACCGGCGUUGAGUACAUUAGGAAAGGCGUGCGACAUGUGGUGAGUGCGCGCCGGGAGGUGAUUGUUUCGGCCGGCGCUAUAAACACACCGCAGCUACUGAUGCUGUCGGGUGUGGGACCGGCCCGACACCUGCAGGAGCUGUCCAUACCGGUGGUGGCGGACCUACCGGUAGGACAGGGCCUACAAAAUCACGUCCGCACCGAUAUAUACGGUCUCAUCCGAGACGAGCGUUUGGUGACAGUUAGCCGACAACUGGACGCCAGCGCUCUAACCACUGACAACCAGUACCAGUACUUUACGUCAGGCGCCGGACCCCUAACCCUAUACUAUAACGCCAUGACAUACAUGUCCACCGACACCAAUCCGGACAAAGACUGGCCAAACAUAUCGGUGGAGACACGGCUACGGUUGGCGCCGACAGAGCCGUCACAGAUGNACCUCUAUUAA